AGUUGACACUUGAUUUAUAGUCUGGUUACUUUCCCGUGUAUAUAAAUAUACCAACGAGUGUGUAUAUCAUCAAAUAAGUCGUCUUCUCAUUUCCAGACAGAAUGAACAGCAACGUAAAUAUCAACAAUGGUAAUAGCACUGAACAAACAACUGUAGUAGCAGAAGUCGGAUGGCAAUUCGUUACACAAUACUACAACUACGUAAACGCUAAACCAGAGAAUUUGCAUUACUUUUACAAUAAAGACUCUACUUUUAUACACGGUUUCGAAGAUGGCGACGAGCGCACUUGCUUUGGACAGUCUGAAAUCAAUUCACGCGUCUCUGAGAUUGGAUUCGAAAACUGCAAAGUAUUCGUUCACUCUCUCGACUCACAAUCCUCCGCUGAUGGCGGAAUAUUAGUCCAAGUCGUUGGAGAAAUGUCAAAUAGGAAUGGUCCUUGGAGAAAAUUCGCUCAGACUUUCUUCCUCGCGCAACAACAAUCUGGGUACUUUGUUUUGAAUGAUAUAUUCAGGUAUUUACGCGAUGAUGAUGAAGUUGAUGAGGAGAAACAGCACACUCCAGUCGCAGAUGUAGAGAGUGACCUUAAGGAGACUACAGAGGAUGAAGCUACCAACGGUAUAGCUGCUCCAAAGGUCGCUUCACCUGUACCAGCGGCAAUUGCAUCACCAACACCUCCAGCAGAUGUUCAAACUGGUGAAGCUGAGAAGGUCUCAUCACCUGUGCCAGCCACAGCUACAACAUCAGCUGUUCAGUCGCCAAAGCCUGCUGUAGCUUCUCCAGAGAAGUCUAACCAACCAAAGACUUGGGCAAACCUUGCCGCAUCAAACUCAAAGAAAUGGGGACAAGUUGCACAAGAUAAGGUUUCACCUUCAAUUCAAUCAGCUGCGACUGCUACUUCUCCACGUACCAAUAAGGCCGAUGCAAGCAAACCAUUGAGCCAGGCACAACAAAAUGUGCAAUCAGUCUCACACGCUUUAUGUUUCGUCAAGAACGUUACUGAUCAAGUACAAGGGAAUGAAUUGAGAUCAAUCCUACAAGCAAAGUUUGGAUUAAUUAGAGACGUCGAUGUUGUUAGAACAAAAGCAUGUGCUUUCGUACAGUUCGAUAAAAUAGAAUCAGCAAAGAAAGCUAUCAUCGCUUCUCAUAGUAAAGAUCAAGGUGGUGAAGGUGGUAUUAAAAUCGGUAACCAAACUGUCAUGUUAGAAUCUAGAAGGGAGAAACCAAAGAAUAAUAAGCAAAACCAACAAAAGAAAUCCAGACAAUCAAAUCAACAAUCACAAUCAAAUAGAAAUAAAAAGUAGCAUUCUUAUAUCUAACCUACCAAACUACCUGUCACGCAUAUUUUAUUAUACAUUACGC